AAUUAAAAUUAUAUGUCACGGGUGACGUUAGCACUGGACCAAACCAAUGCUUAUAUAAAUACAAGUCCUACUAAAUUGAAACAUAUGUACUUCAUUAUCUACACAAAAAAUAAGAAACAUAUACUUUUAUUUUAUAUUUAGGUCCAAGUUACCCCUCUCUCUGUGUCGGCGUCAUGGAAUUCGAAGGAGCUCCGGUAGUAUUGGAAAUUUUCUUCCUCCCCUUCGUGGGCGGAGGCCACCAGAUACCAAUGAUAGACACUGCCAGAGUGUUCGCCUCCCACGGAGUCAAAUCCACCAUCAUAGCCACACCCACUACCGCUUCCCAGUUCCAAAACUCCAUUCUCCGUGACCAGCAAAUCGGCCGCCGAAUCUCCAUCCACGCCCUCCGAUUACCUGAAGGCGCUGUCCCGCCGGACACGGACUUGUCCGCCAGGGGUUCCACCGACACCUCAGUCCUCCAGGAGCCUCUCAGGCUCUUCCUACUUGACCGCAGGCCCGACUGCAUCGUCGUCGACUCGUUCCACCGCUGGGCGGCUGAGCUCAUCGACGUGCUUCGAAUUAGAAGGAUUGACUUCACCGGAAGUGGGAUCUUCUCUCGCUGUGUCAUGGAGAAUGUGAAGAAAGUGCCGCACGAGAAGCUGGGUUCGGACUACGAGCCUUUUUUGGUGCCGGGUCUUCCCGAUCGGAUCAAGUUGACGAGGUCUCAGCUUCCGCCUUUUCAUAGAGGGAAAUCUGGGCCAUUUAAUAAGCUGGGUAAAGGAGAGGAGAUGAGCUUUGGGUCUCUGAUUAAUAGUUUCUACGAUUUGGAGCCAGCUUACGUUGAGUAUUUCAGGAAGGAGAUGGGAAAGAAGGCUUGGAUUAUAGGACCGGUGUCUCUAUACAACAGAAAUGUUGCAGAUAAGGCUGAGAGAGGCCAACAAGCCUCCAUUGAUGGGCAAAGUUGCUUGAAAUGGUUGGAUGAUAAAGAACCCGACUCUGUUCUUUAUAUCAGUUUCGGGAGCUCGGGUCGCUUUUCACCCCAACAGCUCAUCGAGAUGGCUCACGGUCUCGAGUCUUCCAACCAUCCAUUCAUUUGGGUGGUCGGAAAGAUCUUCACGAAAUCGGAGGGUACUCGCGAAGAGGAAGAAAAUUGGCUUCCCGACGGAUUUGAAGAGAGGAUUAAGGAAUCAAAGAAGGGAUUGAUAAUAAGAGGGUGGGCGCCGCAGUUGUUGAUACUAGAGCAUCCUGCAGUGGGAGCGUUCAUGACUCAUUGUGGGUGGAAUUCUACGUUGGAGGGAGUGAGUUCCGGCGUACCGAUGAUCACAUGGCCUGUCGCGGCGGAGCAGUUCUCCAAUGAGAAACUGGUGACUGAUGUGUUGGGAAUUGGGGUUCAAGUUGGGAGCGUGGAUUGGAUAUCGGCUGAUGUUGAAAAGAAGGCGUUGGUGGGGAGGGAGAAGGUGGAGGUGGCAGUGAAAAGGUUGAUGGAUGGUGCUGAGGCCGGCGGUAUGAGAAGGCGAGCUAGAGAGCUUGCAGAGAAGGCCAAGAGAGCUGUUGAAGAAGGAGGAUCUUCAGAUAAGGAUGUUAAUGCGUUAAUUGAGGAGCUUAAAUCCUUCAGGAAAGACACUCUGGAGCCGGCUUAUGCAGAUCAUUACAGAAACGUUUUGGGAAAGAAGGCAUGGCAUAUAUGGCCGGUUUCAGUGUGCAACAAGGAAGCUCAAGAUAAAGCUCAGAGGGGGAAACAAUCCUCUGUUGAUGAACAUGAAUGCCUGAAGUGGCUUAAUGCAAAGAAACCCAAUUCAGUUGUUUAUGUAUGUUUUGGAAGUUUGGCUUACUUCAAUGAUUCUCAGCUGAUGGAGAUUGCAAUGGGUCUUGAGGCUUCUGGGCAGCAAUUCAUUUGGGUUGUGAGGAAAGAAAAGAAUGGUGGAGGAAAAGAAGAGUGGCUGCCUCAAGGAUUUGAGAAGAGAAUGGAAGGUAAGGGUCUAAUUAUAAGAGGUUGGGCGCCCCAAGUUUUGAUUCUUGAUCAUGAAGCAGUUGGAGGAUUUGUGACUCACUGCGGCUGGAAUUCAACGUUGGAAGGAGUCACUGCAGGGGUUCCCAUGAUCACAUGGCCUGUGUUCGCCGAACAGUUUUUUAAUGAGAAGUUGGUGAUUCAGGUACUGAAAAUUGGAGUUGAAGUUGGGGUUGAGCGAUGGGUUGAUGGAGAUGAUGAAGUGGGGGAAGAAAAUAUAAAGAAGGAAGCAGUAGAGAAAGCAAUGAAGCGAAUUAUGGUGGGUGAAGAAGCAGAGGAAAUGAGAAGCCGAGCCAAGGCACUCGGAGAGAUGGCAAGGAGGGCUGUGGAAGAAGAGGGAUCAUCUUACUCUGAUUUGAAUUCUUUGAUUGGAGAAUUAAAGUCACGUUGCCCUUGAGAUGCAAGCAAAUUAACGAUGAUAUGCCUUCUAUUUUAAUUAUCCUUUACAAGAGUUUAUCCUUGUUGGUGUUUGACUGUUUGUUAGUUGUGUUUGCUUGUUAUUCAAUCCUCAUUUGGUAGAUAUUGUCCUAAGAUAUUGGGAUUAAUAUUCCAUUUUAAUUUCUGAGCUAUUUGGCUAA